CGGACCCCGCGGGCCGCCCAUGGGGCAGCGCCUGAGCGGAGGAGGCGGGGGCGGCGGGAGCCCGUGCCUCGAUGUCCCCGGCUUCUCCUGCGCCCCGCAGCCCCCGCCCCCGCCGCCGCCCCCGCCGCCCCCGCCGCCCCCGGUGAGGAGGAGGAGGCUGGUGCUGCCCCUCGCCAUGCUCUGCCUGUGGCUCUACCUCUUCUACUCCUGCGCCGGCUCCUGCGCCCCCGCGCCCGGGCUCGGACUCCUGGGGCCCGCGCCGCGCCUGCCCGCCCGCCCCCCGCCCGGGACCCCCGCCGGCCUCCCGCGGCCCCCCUCGCCGGGCCCGGAGGAGGAGGAGGUGCGGGGGCCGGGGCUCGGCGGCCGGGUCCCGGCCGCCCAGCGCCCCGGCGCCCUGUCCAGCUUCUUCAGCGGGUCCGGGAGCCAGCAGCUGCCCCAGGCCAUCAUCAUCGGGGUGAAGAAGGGGGGCACCCGGGCCCUGCUGGAGUUCCUGCGGGUCCACCCGGACGUGCGCGCCGUGGGCGCCGAGCCCCACUUCUUCGACCGCAGCUACCACAGGGGCCUCGGCUGGUACAGAGACCUGAUGCCGCGCACGCUGGAGGGCCAGAUCACCAUGGAGAAGACCCCCAGCUACUUCGUCACCAAGGAGGCCCCCGCCCGCAUCUCGGCCAUGUCCAAGGGCACCAAGCUGAUCGUGGUGGUCCGCGACCCCGUGACCCGGGCCGUCUCGGACUACACCCAGACCCUGUCCAAGCGGCCGGACAUCCCGCCCUUCGAGAGCCUGACCUUCCGGAACGGGACGGCGGCGGGCCCGGUGGACGCCUCCUGGAGCGCCGUCCAGAUCGGCAUCUACGCCAAGCAUCUGGAACGCUGGCUCCGCCACUUCCCGCUCCGUCAGAUGCUCUUCGUCAGCGGCGAGCGGCUCGUCGGCGACCCGGCCGGGGAGCUGGCCCGCGUCCAGGACUUCUUGGGGCUCAAGAGGAUCGUCACCGACAAGCACUUCUACUUCAACAAGACCAAGGGCUUCCCGUGCCUGAAGAAGGCCGAGGGCAGCGGCCGGCCGCACUGCCUGGGCCAGACCAAGGGCCGGACGCACCCCGCCAUCCGGCCCGAGGUGCUGCGCCGACUGCGGGACUUUUACCGGCCCUUCAACAGGAAGUUCUACCAGAUGACCGGGCAAGACUUCGGCUGGGACUGAGGGGGACCCCCCCGGGAUCUGCGGGGAGGGGAAGGGGCUCCCCCGUGCAACAGUGGCUUAGCGAGCGAGCGAGAGAAUAUAUAUGUAUGUAAAAUGUACAGAAAUCUAUUUUAUAAUAAUUUAUUUUUAAUUCUCCAGCAAUUAAUUCACUAAAGCUGCCUAGCCACCCUCCUCUCUUAGCGCACGACUCCAUAACCUGUUAACAUUCCAGAGCGUUUAACUCUAACCCUUUCGUCUCACCUCUUGCUCCUCUUCCCCGCGGACCUGGUGGUGUUUUCGUUUUCGUAGUCGCAGUGUUUUAAACGAGAAAGAAGAAGAUGAAGAAGAAAAAAAAAAGCACAAGUUCUGUUUUUCUUUUCCUUACGGGUAUUAGGUCUUCCCUCAUCACUGUCCGCCAACCUCUCGACUCUAUUUGCCCCGGGUUCCUCGCUCCCGGUGGCACUGCCGUCUGUACCCGGAGAGAUGUCGCCCCCCUGCCCGGCGGGAGCUUCCGGCGGAUUUACUUCCUCUGAGGGAAGGCCGGCAGCCCCUCUGCCAUUGUGAACUGUCGCUUCCGUCCAAUUUUGAUUUUGCCCCCAACUCCCAGGGUGUUCUGCUCCCCCCUCAGAUGCCAACCCCGGCUGAAACUCUGCACAGACUUUGGCUAACUCCCUUUCACCAAGCUGUCGAGCGGCUGUGGAAAUACUCAGAGAGAUCCGCUGCUCGUUUCCCCCCUUGGGAAGGGCCUGAAGGUCGGGCACUGAUGCAAAGCACUCAGCUUUGACACACCAAAGAAAACCAGGCCUGGUAGAGGGUGGUGGUUGAAAUCGGGGGGGAUGGAGCCCGAAGGGGCGGGGAAGAGUUCACCCCCCGAUGGAGGACUGGGUCUUCUGGGGCUUUAUCAGAGGUCAUAAAAGGGAAGCAGCGUGGCCUAGCGGAAACAGCCCGGGCCUGAGAGUCGGAAGCUCUGGGUUCUAAUUCCGGCUCCGCCGCUUAUCCGCCGCGUUUCCGUGGGCCAGCCGGUUCGCUUCUCUGUGCCUCAGUUCCCCCAUCUGUAAAAGGGGGAUCGAUUCAAUACGCCCUUCUAGACUGUAAGCUCGGUGCGGGCAGGGAACGUGUCUACUAACUCCGCCGUAUUGUACUCUCCCAAGCGCCCAGAGUUAGCUUUCAAUAAAUGUGAUUUCGAGUGACUGAUUGACAAGACCCUAGCCUGAGAACAGGUUCGUCUGCAAGUCCGGCCGUUCUCCGUCGAGGGAGUGGCUUCAAUCUAGAAGCGAGUGGUAGUGUGAGAGUGGCCUGGAGAUGCAGGUGUGUGGGGCCAUCCAGGUAGGAUAAGCUUGCACCGUAUCCUUCUGCAGUCACUCCAGCCGCUCACUUAAGUUCCUGUGCAAUACGCUGAUCCAGAAUCCCCUAGGGCCUGGAAUUCAGCACCGUCCCCGGGGCAGAAUUUUCUCCUCCCCGUCCUAACUCCACUGAGAUGGCAACUGCUGAUCACUUAAUUACCGUUUCCUGGCACCGGAGUAAGGCUGCAGUAAGUAUCAUGUAACUCCAGGGUAAAUAUGCGGUUAUUUUUGUCAUCCUCCUCCUGAAACGGAGCGCUCAAAUGAUAGGGCAAUUACUUUUGGAUUAAAUGCACCUAUCGUAGAACCUAAAGGAGCAUUUGAAAUACAAGUCAGAUGGGAGUGUCGGGGUAUUUGCCGAGCAAGAUGGAGGAUGAGUAUUUGCAUGAGACGUGUGUAUAAACGCAACACUCCCAAACUACACACCGGAGGAACCGAAUACCCAGGGAGAGGGGUAGGGAACACGGAUGCUUCGCGUACCCACCUGUGGAUUCGGAUGUAAAUGCGGGAAGCUCGACUCAGAACGUGGUCACCUGAAAGAUCCUCGUGUCGGAAUGUUCUUUGAUGGGCCACUGCUGAAACACCUGACGUGAGGGCUAUUGCUAGCCCAGUCUCUCCCUUCACCAUCCGGACCCCUCGACUGAAACAGAGACAUCCAGUAAAUGUCGGUGGGUCUGGGCGUGGAUCCUUUCCAAAGUAAGGAUUUCGAGGCUUUCCCCCCAAAAAGCAAACCGACCUAGAGAAAAGUCAUUUAGCUUGUCCCCCGUAUCCUGACAUCCUCUUCCCCCUCCCUUAAGCGGGAGAAGGCAUAACGUCAGAAUACCAUAUGGACUCAUAUAAUCAUGAUUUUUGGUCACCUCAAAAGCAGGGGGAUGGCUAUUACAUGGAGAAUUAAGUCUUGCAUUAAGGGAGCAGGAGAGAAAAAGAGAAGGAAAAAGGAGAGGAAGAAGUUAACCGGGGACUUGAGACGGUAUGUUUUUGUUCUGUUGCACUCUCCCAGGUGCUGUGUGCGUUAAUUGCUCAGUGAACCAACCCUGCCCACCCUCUCUUCCUAUCCCGGUUUCCUGGACUGCAGCAUGAAUGCAUCCUGACGUUCUUCUCCCUACCACGUAGAUUCCCCAACUCUGAGAACUUUCAUCUGUGACGUUCCGACCCAAUAUGUCUUCUCACCCCACCCACCGUCACCGUUGACAAAAUUUCCCCCGCGAAAAUCUUGGGAGAGGCCAGAUUAGGCGGCAGAGGCAAUUAUGAGAGUGAAUAUGGUCAUUGGAGAGGGGUUCUGAGCUCAGAGAAUCCCCACAUCGGGUUUCUGCCGGGUGUUUUUUUUGGAAAAAAACGAUGCAGCCCAUUAGCAGAAUGACUUCCGUUUCGUCCAGGUUUCUCUCUCGGCCCUCAAGAACGAGAGCAAGGUGAGAGUUUCCCAAGUGCGCGAUGUCACUUGGGCACGUGCGCCGAAAUGGAGCAGAAUUAUUUUCAGGAUUGGAUCGAUGAUCCCAAACAAAAGUCACCAGCCGGCGCUGCUGUCCUAGAACAAAGUUUACUCUGAAAAAUAGACGAUCCAAGUACUGAACGCAGCAUCCAUCGGAGCCUGUUAACUUGAAUUUUUUAUUGACUGAGGAGAAGGCGUUUGUUCCGUAGUAAAACAUCACUCUUCCGUAGUAAAUCAUCAUGCCAUGACAAUGAUUACUGUAGAACUUGAAUGUUGUGUCAUCCUACUGGACAAUUUAUGCAAUGUGUGGAAUUAAGCCUUGUGUCCUUUCUUGUUCUGGUGUUGCACGAGGUCACCGAACUUACCUUUUAAGCUGCUACUUGGCAUUUUUCUCAAACUCAGCUACCCUUUGGUGUCUUGGCAACUUCAACUUUGAAGAUGGGUGAAUUUCUUCCAGUUCUCGCGGAAGUCUGGUAUUUAUUGAAUCACUGGUAAUUUCACCCCGUUCUGUUCUGCGCCCCGUUGAAAAAUAUUCUCAUUUCACUUUCUCUCGUUUCGUUUUCUCAGAACUGUUUCUCCAACUGCCAGUGGAUUUGGUGGGUAGCUUAUAGUUCAGUUUCCCAGACUCACUAGGCAGUCUAAAAAUAUUUGAUGAUGAUGAUGAUGAUGAUGAUGAUCAAUUUAGCCCUGCUGGUUCGAUUCUUGUGUGGCAACCAUGCUGGGUAAUAGAAAUUCAAAUUCAUGCGCUUUUUAACAGCUGGAGAAAUGAAAUUUCAGCUCCAGCCAGAAUAUGUUGUGUCAUGGAGAAAAUCAGAAAGGGUUUACGUGAGUAAUGUAGGCAUCUGAUAUACUUGUGUGGACAACAUUUACACGUGAAAUCAACCAUUUGUCAACUCUUUCAUUUCCUCAAAAAGAGUGUUCAGUCCAACCUAGAGGCGUGGUUAGAUUUCUCACAUUAUAACAUUAAUUUAUAGCUGAGUUUCAUUCAGCCCUGUAAUCGGAAAUACUGUGCAGAUAUUAGCGAUAUGCCCUCUGUAACAUGGUACUUAGAGUAGUCGAUUUGUACAAAACGAAAAUGUAAAUCAAGUAUUUUGUGGUAUGUACAACACAAAUUAAUUUUACACAGAGAAAGAUGUUUCUAGGGAAAUGGAAUUCUGAAUAAUUCAUACUAUUUCUUUGUAUGAAAAAUAAAAUAUAUUUUACCAAA